AUGGGAAGACUUCGACGAUCGCGCACUCAUCACAGCAUUCGUGACAAUUAUCGCAAAUAUCGUACUCGUAAUUACACUCGAGAUCUUGAUCAGAUCCACGAUGACAUUAAGCCUGAAAAUGCUGACAAGUUGAAGAAUCAGGAAGAGGAUCCUGACAAGCCAGGAUUAGGACAGAACUAUUGUAUCGAGUGCGCUCGUCAUUUUGUUACUUCCGAUGCAUUAACGGUUCACCUCAAGGGCAAGCUUCACAAGCGACGAGUAAAGAAGGUCCAGGAAGAACCUUAUACUCAAGCAGAGGCCAAUGCUGCUGCAGGAAUGAGUGGGACAGACAAUGGCAAGAGAGGUGGUCGUUCUUUGACUGAUUCAAAGGUGGAAGAUGUAAAAAUGGACGAUGUUAAGAUGGAACUAUAGAGAGUUGAAAUAUAUAUAUAUAUUAUAUAUUAAAAAGCGAGUGUGUGUGAAAAAGUGAUU